AGCAUCGAUACCUUUCGCUCUCCUCCAACUCAAUUAUUUGAGCCUAUGCCAACGCAAGCAAGGUCCAAGAUGAUGUCCGCGACUUUGUCCGGGCUCCCUGUCGAGCUGUUGCGAGAGAUCCAAAGCCUCCUUCCGUACGCUUCACAACUCGCACUGCGGAUCACAUGUCGAGACCUUUACAGCAAAAGUAGCCGGCCUAGUACUGUAUAUUAAAUGGUGGAUCUUCUUGUAAUCGAGACGUGGCCGCAAUACAAUGACGCCAUGCAACGUCCGGCCCAUCUCAAACAGCCUAUCGCCGGCUUAGAUUUCUUCAGCUGCUCACGAUGCUUGCGGAUACGCUCAGCGUGCUAUUUCAGCAAUGCUAUGAUGGAAGGCAAGCGCGGUAAAUCAGCCUCACCUCGAGACAAGCUAGGACGUAUAUGCAUCCAAUGUGGUAUGGCAUCCGGUCAAUACCGCAAGGGCGUAUCCAUGAUGUAUGGCGGAGCGCCUGUGUCCGGUAUCAUGGAGCAUACCGGCGUUGUUUGUCGAUACUGUGGAGAGUUUCACUCGGUCUAUGAGGCUUGCCGAGAUAAUAACACUCACGGAAUUGGUAGCGGAAACAAGGACUAAUCAUGCGGUAGAGAGACUUCGUUGGCGGACGAUCGACCCAUGGGAAUAGGAAGUCGACCACGGCGAUUCAUUUCCAAUUCCUGAAACUCAGUCACCGCCUUAAUUUCUGACUGGAGUCUGCACUUCGACAUGCCUUGCGAUGCGAGGCUGCGUUGAUCGCGUGUCAUGUCCACCAGCAUUGUCAUUCAAUCGGCAUGACUGCGGCAACGACAGCGGACACAAGCGUGUUAUACCAGACGACAGGCAUUACUAUUCUGUAGCAUCGAUUCAAAUAUUGGGAUGUUCUGCGUUCUGUAGAUGAGCAUUACCAUAUUCUUUCCCUCGAAUGAAGGUCACAACGACGCUCUUCACACAAAUCUCUCU